AUGGUGGCUGGCCAGCCUGCCCUCCAUGAGGCUCCAUCUCCUUGCUUGCUUCUUGUCUUUCAUAGAUUACCUUUGUUGAUGCAGCCUAUGCGCGUGCGGGCGUGCAACCGCUUCGGUCAUCCCUCCGUCGAUCCGCUCCGAGCCUCUGCAUGGCGCCCUGUUCACCCCCAGACCCCCACCCAAAACCCUAGCCGCCGCCGCCGCCGGCUGAGGACAUGUAUCCACCGCUCGGAGACGAAUAGGUUGUGUGAUACGAGUGGGAGAAAGCUUCUUCAGCACGUGCUGACCUCUCCGCCGCGCCGGCAUGGAGGAGAGGCCAUAGAUCGCCGGAACGCGCCUCCGCCGCCGGAGAUAGAUGAGAGCUCCCAGGGUCUACAUCUCCCAGAGGACAUCCGCUGGGAGCGGCUCGACAAGGCGCGCUUCUUUGUCGUGGGCGCCGGACUCUUCUCCGCCGUCUCGGCCGCGCUCUACCCCGCUGUUGUCCUCAAGACGCGCCUCCAAGUCGCCCCUGCGCCGGCGGCGGCUGGGACGGCAGCGCCCCCGCCCUCCGCCGCGGCGGCGGCGACUGCCAUCCUGCGCCAGGAGGGGCCCCUCGCCUUCUACCGCGGCUUCGCCACCUUCCUCGCCGGCACCAUCCCGGCGCGCGCGCUCUACAUGGGCGCGCUCGAGGCCACGCGCUCCGCCGUCGGCCCAGCCGCGCUCAGCCUCGGCGCCGCGGAGCCCGCUGCGUCGGCGGCAGCGGGCGCAGUGGCGGGCCUCGCCGCCGCCGUCGCCGCGCAGGUCGUGUGGACGCCCGUCGACGUCAUCAGCCAGCGCCUCAUGGUUCAGGGCAACCCCUGCCCUGCCUCCCGCUACCACGGCGGCCUGGACGCCUUCCGCAAGAUCGUGGCGUCUGACGGGCUACGCGGCCUGUACCGUGGGUUCGGCAUGUCCAUCCUAACCUACGACCCCUCCAAUGCUGAAAUUGAUCUCGGUGAUGGGGAUUCUUUGCUGCAGCCAGGUUGCAAGACUGUCAUGGUAGUUCAGGGAGUGAGUGCCGCGAUGGCCGGUGGUGCAUCUGCGUUUGUGACCAUGCCACUGGACACCAUCAAAACCAGGAUGCAAGUCAUGGAUGGGGACGGUGAGCCGAUUACCAUGGGGAGGACAGUGCGUAGGCUGAUCAAGGAAGGUGGGUUGGCUGCUUGUUACAGGGGCCUAGGCCCGAGGUGGGCGUCCAUGUUAUUGUCUGCCACCACCAUGAUCACCACCUAUGAGUUCCUCAAGCGGCUCUCAGACAAGGGCCAGGAGAGCGAUCUUGCAUGA